GACUUAUGCUGCAGAAUUACUUUGUAUAAGAGAAGUGACUGGAGAGUUACUUUAUAUAAGUGAAGGGACUGGAGAAUUACUUUAUAUAAGAGAAGUGACUGGAGAAUUACUUUAUAAAAGAAAGGUUACUUUAUACAAUAAGGGACUUGUGCGGUAAAACUACUUAAACUUCAAGCCAAUUCAAGAUGUCCGUUGAACUGUUGGGCAGUUUACCGGAAGUGACGUGUACACAGAUUGUGCUGACGGCCAUUCUUCUCCUUCUCUUGAGCGUCUAUUGGUACGCCACCAGCUACCACGGUGUGUGGGAAAGAGCGGGAAUCCCCGGACCAAAACCACUACCAUUUUUAGACCACAUGCUGGAGUUUCGUCGUCAUGGCGUGGAGCAGACGAUAAACAAAUGGUUCAAGACGUACGGUAAAAACGUUGGGGUGUACGGCCUUCACCCUCACCGGGCUACUCUCAUCACCAAAGAUUUGGAGCUCGCCAAACAGGUUUUGGUGAAGGAUUUUGACAACUUCGUGACUAGAUACCGACCAAGAUCGUCUAAAGGCUCGUUUGUGGACGGUAUAUCUUCAACAACAGACGACAGGUGGAGGCGUCACCGUCACGUGACCAGCCCGAUGUUUACCGGCGUCAAGAUGAAGGUCAUGCUCCAACACAUCAAGGCCAGCGCCGAGACGCUCACAGAACUCAUCCGGCAGUGCGUGUCCAAGGGAGAGCUCAUCUCGGUUAAACUGGUGGCCUCCAAGUUUUCUACGGAGGUUAUAGCCAGAGUGGGCUUCGGGGUUCAGACCCACGCCGUCUCCAAAGAGGAGAGCGAAUUCGCUCAUUAUGCCAGGACAUUUGUUAACGUAUCAAACGAUGGUUUUAACAAAUGUAUCGAUUUGAUAAAUCAUUUUGUACCACAUGUGCUUUCUCUGAUGAUGAAAGUUUUUCCACGAACAGAUUUCGUCAAUAUAGAUUCGGACAAUUAUUUUAAAACAAUUGUCACCUCAACGAUCAAGCAACGAAAGGAGGAGAAAAUCAAAACCCAUGCUGGUAAAGUACGAGACAUGCUUGACCUACUUUUAGAAACGGAAGUAGCCAAAGAUGACCCGCGACUUAAUGACCCUCAGUCUAAAGCCCUCAGCAAAGAUGAGAUAGUAGGAAACUCUACCAUGUUAAUUUUAGCUGGUGUAGAAACUGUGUCGUCUGCUCUCCAGGGAAUUUUAUACUGCCUGGCACUGAAUCCAGACGUCCAGCUGAAGGUACUAGAGGAGAUUGACCAGGUCAUCCCAGACGGUGAAGAUCUGGAGUACGAGCAUCUCUCACAGCUCAAGUACACAGAGCAGGUCAUCAACGAAUGUCUGCGUCUGUUUCCGUUGAUAAUUUUCUUGAUGCGUGAAGCUUCAGAAACCCGGACAUACAACGGUGUCACCAUACCUAAAGGUGCCAUCGUCACCAUUCCGAUAAAUCUGAUAAUGACCGACCCUGAACUUUGGCCAGAACCUAAGAAAUUCGACCCUGAAAGGUUUACACCAGAAAACAAAGCAAAACGUGACCCAUUUUCUUACAUGCCCUUUGGCUACGGGCCAAGAAUUUGUUUGGGUCAAAGGUUAGCCAUGAUGGAGCUCAAGACAAUCAUGGUCUACUUGUUGAAAGAAUUUCGCUUUGAGCUCUCGGAGAGAACGGAGCCGAAGAAAGGCGUGGACAUUGAAAUGGAGACCAUUGGUGGAUUUGUGUUGAGGCCAGUUAAACCUGUUGAGGUGGAGGCUGUUCCAAGAUAAACGUUAAACCACAAAACUAAAAAAUAACAAAAUGUGUAUCUCUGUUUAUUUUGUAUAUUAUAUCAAUUAAAAUAUAUAUUUGGAAAUGUUUAACACUGGAAAAUAAUCGUAGUAUUCUUUUGAAAUUAGAAAAAAAAAAUAACAAGAUAAGUGAAAGAGGGAGGGUGGGUGGCU